GGCAUUCAUAUGAAAACAACUCUGGAGGGUACGAGGACACGCAGCGCUGACCAAAGACUCUACUUUUGUCACAACUGACGGAGAUAAGAUGGCACACGUCACCUUUGCAGAGCGUGAAAAUGUCUGUCAUGGUCCUUCACUGAAGGGAAGACAGAGGCUUCAGUCUGCUCCUGAGAAACCUCUCAAGUCUCCAAUGCCUGGCAAAAACUUGCAUACCCCUCUUCCAUUUGGCAGAAAAGCUUUCGGUGCUGUUAACAAGAAAAUCUCAACACCCGCUGCCAUCAAGACGGAUGAUAAGAAGCUCUUAAAGCCACAGGAAACCAAAGUGAAAUGCCUUUCUCAUGCCAAAGUGGAGGAGUAUCCAGAAAUUGAGACGUUCAUCCCAUAUGAUCCACUCGAGUAUCUGAAGUACAGCGUGCCUGAAGAUUUAAUUCAUCUCAGUGGCUUUGCUCUCCCGGGGCUUGCCUGUUUCCCACAUGCACCACGUUUGAGUGAGGACAUCCCUGAAUGCCUGGAUCCACUUCCAAACGUGUCUCCAAUGAAGAUGACAAACACUUCAGGUGGCUGUUCAGAGGUGGAUGCCUUCCUGCAAACACUCGAUGAGCUGACUGUUGAGCUUCCUCCAGAACCUGUUACUGAUUUUUAAUGCGUCCCUGCUUUAAGUUUCCUUUGUUUUUCAAUAAAGUUUUACCGGUUU